CAAGGCAAAGAAACAGGCGUGCGGUCCGCUGUGCUGCCGGCUAGUAGUACUACUAGCAGUGGUGGUGCUGGUGGUUUCAAUCGACGGGUCGUGGUUUGGGCCAUUUGGCGUAGUGGAGGGAGCAACGCGCUCCGUGCUUUCCCCAGCCAUGUCAUACUGCAGGCAAGAAGGGAAGGACAGAAUUAUAUUUGUGACCAAAGAAGACCAUGAGACACCAAGCAGUGCUGAAUUGGUGGCAGAUGAUCCAAAUGAUCCUUAUGAAGACCAUGGUUUGAUACUGCCUAGUGGAGAUAUCAACUGGAAUUGUCCUUGCCUUGGUGGAAUGGCUAGUGGUCCUUGUGGGGAACAAUUCAAGUCAGCCUUUUCCUGUUUCCAUUAUAGCAAGGAAGAAAUAAAAGGAUCAGAUUGUGUGGACCAGUUUCGUGCAAUGCAAGAGUGCAUGCAGAAGUACCCAGAUCUGUACCCCCAAGAGGAUGAGGAGGAGGAGGAGGAAAAGCAGAGCAAAGAUUUAGAAAGUAGUCCUUCUGUAGGCAAAGAGGAGGAGGGAACAAGCUAAUGAAGUGGCAUGGAGGCUGUGGUCUCCUUCCUCUGUUCAAAGACACGUGAACUUAUGCAAAAUGUGUCCUUUCUCCCCUCCCUUUUCCCUCAUAGCCCUUUUUGCUCCCUUAAGGAAUCCACCUCACUUCACGUGAAAUAGCUUGCUGCAAGGGAAGCCACUUGCCCUCUGGUCUUGAUAAGCAAGUGCUGCAGAGAGGUCAGUACACACCCAAAACCAUUUGUAGGCACACCUUUCACAUUUAUUUACUUCUCCAGUCAUGUUAAUUCUGUUUGUUGGCUUUAACGGGGUCAGUAGGAACAUGAAGCCAGGCCUGGCUGGAGCAGGCAAAUCCAUCAGCAAGAAUGAAUACUGGGUAAUUUAAAUGAAAUUUCGUCAUUGGCUGUCUUGGAUAUAUUCUGUGCUUUUAAAAAGGUGUAAAACUCUUCCUGGUGGUUUUAAGAAAGCUUCAGAAACUUAAGAAUAUGGGUGAAGCUUUCAGUUAGGACAGUCUGUAUGCUUUAAUAGCAUAUAAAAUUUGCAUAUGCUGCUGAUUUCUGGGAAUGGAAAAUUAAAGUUAGCAUAUGUGUAGGGUAAAUGGGAGUAACAUCUCAAGUUUGAACUUACACUUUAAAAAGUGUUGAUCAGCUCCUGCUGCAACACAGUUGACAGUGAAGAGCAGUGGCCACUUGGUUCCUGAAUGUUUCCAAUGAACCCAGUUUUCUUGGGUUCCCUCUGUUCAAGCUUGUCCCUGCUCCAGACAGGUUGCUGAAGUAGAUGCCCUUGACAGGACAAUUGCAACGUUACCUGGAGUAACAGCCUCUGAAUAGAUACUGUGAUUUGAGUGUACAUUAAAGGCAAAAUCUUUCUACCUUG